CUUGGGUCUUGCCGCGACGUCGCAGACGCCCGCCCAGCAUGGCCAGCUGGGUGUUCUGCAAUCGCUGCUUCCAGCCGCCUGGCAGGACGUCGGGCUUCAGCCUAACCAACUGUGGACAUGUGUAUUGCGAUGCCUGCCUCAGCAAAGGUAAAAAGGAUGAAUGCUUGAUUUGUAAAGUUCCUUGUCGUACAGUUUUGCUUUCAAAACAUACUGACUCGGAUAUCCAAGCAUUCUUUCUGGGCAUAGAUGGUCUGUGUAAGAAGUAUUUCAAGGAAACCUCGCAGAUUUCAGAAUUUCAAGACAAGCACAGGAGGAGAUUGUUAGCCUUCUAUAGAGAAAAGAUUUCUAAGUUGGAAGAAUCCCUUAGGAAGUCAGUGCUACAGAUAGAACAGCUACAAAGUCCCUUUUCUCGUAUGAGAGCAUCACAACAAAUAGCCUUCAGCACAAUAAAAAUUACUGUUUCAACCAAGCUGCAUGGAUGCCUGCUGCUGCCCCCUCACACAUCAGCCCCCAACAGGUUGGAGUUGAUGAAAGUUGAUCUCACACCUUCCCCAGUGAGAAAACCUGUGAUAGCAUCUGGCCCUACGAGAAUCUCCUUGAUUAGUCCACCUCAAGAUGGAUGCAUGGGGUCACUUUUAACAGCUGCUUUCUGUUCCAUCCCAUGGUUGACAGUGUUUGACCAGGAUAUGUGUAGUGUUUCUAGAGGUUUGCCAUUUUUGUACAUAGAUAACUGUCCUCACUAGAUUCUCCUAUUAAACCCAUGGGCCGGUGGAGAUGAAAGCCAUGGCCCAAGAGCACCUGUGCAGCGUCUCCCACCGGGGCCCUCAGCAUCUCAACCCGAUGUCCAGUCAGACCAGCACCGCAAAGGCUCUGAGUGUGUGCUCAGCUUCUUGUUCAUAUUGACUGGGAAAGGCAUCGAUUGUAACUCAACCACUGUCAGCACCGCACAGAGGAGGGGUCCGGUGGGAAGGCUGCUGAUGACCAUAACGGCAGCCAUCCUCAAGGGACCUGCUCACGGAUUCCACCUUUGCAAAUCUCCUACAAGGGACCAUCACAAACUCCAGCAUCCCAGGUACCAGGCAGAGCAGGAAGAGGUGCCUCUUCCAGCCUCGGGAGCUCCCCAGCUGGCUUUCCCCAAGCGCUGCCCCCCAGGCAGCCAAUCAGCAUCUCCGGCCUGCUGCAGAGGCAGCGUUUAG